AUGUCCUCCAACGUCGGGCUCUCAACACCCCGCGGCUCAGGCACGUCGGGGUACGUGCAGCGCAACCUCUCAGUCCUGAAACCACGCGAUGCGGGUGUCGGAGUGCCCUACACGCUCGACGGCAACCGAGGCGGGCCGCCUAGGACACGCAAGCCCGAUGAAGACAUCCUCAAGCACGACCGGCUGCGAGAGAUCGAGGUGAAAGUGCUGGAACUGCGCGACGGGCUCGAAGACGCGGGCAAACUUGACGACGACGAGAUCGAGGAAGAGACAGACAAGCUGCGUGAGAAGUUGACGCGAGAGAUGGAGAGGUCGAGGAGUGGUGCUGGCAGUGGCUCAAAGAGUCGGCUUAAGAGUUACCAGGUGCAUGAGAUGGCGGAGGCGAAGGAGCGUGAGAGUGACAGGUUGAGACGGGCUUUAGGGCUGAAGGCCGGUGAGGUCCCUGAGGAUGGUGAGCAUCCUAUGGCUAGGCAGGAAAAGAGGAGGAGACAAAGAGAAGAAGAAGAGGGCUUUGACGCUGAUAUCGCGACCGGUGCUGGCGCCAAGGGCGAAGAGCCAGAUGAACUAAAAAGGGAAAGAUGA